UUCUGUCCUCGGUGUGACCCGUAAUCAACGUCGACGCAUGCGCAAGUCUGUCACCGAAGAAGGGCAUUGAAGAAGUGAAUCAACAAUAAUGCAUUUUGAGUAGGCAAUUGUCGUUAAGUCUUUGAUUUAGAUCAACGUAUAAAGAUUCACAUGGCUCAGAAAGCAUGUUCAAGGAUUGCUGCAGUGAUUCCACGUCUUUUGUUCAACCGAAACAUCAUUCCAGCUUUGACAAGGGCUUCGAGAAUAUCAAACACAUUGCGGACAAACUGUCGAUGUACAUCAUAUAUCAGUGCCACCAACAAAGUGUACGUGUUGCGUAAUUUUUGUUCAUCAACAUUGCCAGAAACGGAUGUAUCUUACAAACAACUGAAGAAAAUGCUUGCUAGCCAGACAAGUGUAGUAAUAGAUGUUCGAGAGCCGUGGGAACUCCGUGAGUAUGGACACAUCCCGGGUUCAAUCAACGUUCCUCUGGGACAAGUGAACGUUGCUCUCCAGCUGAAGCCUGAGGAAUUCAAGGAGACUUAUGGGGGAGACAAACCCCAGCCGACAGACCACGUGGUUUUUUCCUGCCUGGCCGGGGUCCGGAGCAAAACUGCCCUAGACACAGCCAUCUCUCUAGGAUAUAAAGACGUGCAACACUAUGCAGGUGGAUGGCAAGACUGGGCAAAACACGAACAGGAAAGAUGAUUAACUGGGAGGCAGAAAAAUUCUGUCAUUCUUGAAGAUCAUUUUAUUUAAUCAUACCAAAUCAAUACAAAAUUGGCAAACAGGAUAGACUAUGGUCGUCAUUGCAGGUGAUUUUUUUGAAGUUAAUCCACCAAUAGUAAAUUUGCUUCAUAUAAGCAAUGUGCAUAAGUGAUUUCAUGUAUAUUGGGUUUGCACAGAAAAAUAUCAGUUUUAAGUAAUCAGUUUUACUAAUCAGUGAUACUUCUGUAUCAUAUUUUUAAGUAUAAUAAUACAAUCCAGAUUUUCAUGCCUGUUACACUAUGUGAAUGUUUUUCAUCAAAAGGAUGGCUUCUCUCAUUGAUGGAAUCCCUGUAAACAUGGUACUUUGUGCAGCUUGCUGAUCUAGAGCAGUUUGGUCUUUAGAGUGUCUGCAUUCAACAGGAUGAAACGUUGUAUGACCCUCAGAUGUAAUGGCAACUCUGAUAAUCAGUCAUUUUGACAACAUAAUGGCACUUACAGUAUGAAAUAAGAAACUAUGAAUCUGGCCUUAAUGGACACAUGUACCCUGAAUCUGCACCAGAGACUAAAGGAGGAGGGGCCAGCCCUCUGUGACAUUUGGCUUCAGGUUUAUUGCCAUGUUCCUGACUUGCACAGAGUUCUUUCUGGCUACUGUGUAAAGUACUGUUCCUCUCGUCAAUCAUACUUCUGAUGUGAUUUAUGGGUUUAUUUUUUUCCUGUAGUUCUAUUACCAAUGUUCGCCAAGUGAACGCAGCCUAACGCUCACUGUAGGUCUUUCCUGUGCACAUUCUCUGGCAAAUACAUGCAUUUUAAAGGCUUAUUUAAUGUAUAUGAUAAUGUGUAUGUAGGUUUGGAGUGCAUAUACUGAAAAAAUAAACAUAGCUUCAGUCAA